GCGAGGUGGCCCGUGGGGUGGAGGGCGGAGGGCUGGGAAUGCCCGCGGCGCGGGGCCCCAGCUGCCCGCUGGCCGCGUCCGGGCGAUGGCUCUCCGUCUGGUCUCCGACUUCGACCUCCGGAAGGACGUGCUACCGUGGCUGCGGGCGCAGCGGGCGGCGCCAGCGGCGGCCGGGGCCCGAGGCGGCGGCCCAGGUGUUUUAGAAAAUAAUUAUGAAAGCUUACGUAUACUAAAUGUUGAAAGAAAUGGAAAUAUUAUUUAUACCUAUAAGGACAAUGAGGGAAAUGUCUUCUUUGGAUUAUAUGAUUGCCAGACCAGACAAAAUGAGCAUCUCUAUACAUUUGAAAAAGACUUGCACGUUGUCAGCUGCUCUGUCAACAGUGAGAGAACUUUGCUUGCUGUGAGUUUAGUUCAUUCUACUAAAGAAGGAAGAAAGAAUGAGCUUCAACCAGGAUCGAAGUGUUUAACUUUGUUGGUUGAAAUCCACCCUGUUAACAAUGUGAAGGUUCUAAAAGCAGUGGAUAGCUAUAUUUGGGUGCAGUUUCUCUACCCCCAUGUGGAAAGUCAUCCUCUUCCAGAGAACCAUCUGUUACUGAUUUCAGAAGAGAAAUAUAUUGAAAAGUUUCAUAUCCAAGUCAUCCAAGAAGAUGGAAAUAGAGCGGUAAUUAAAGACUCUGGUCAUCUCCCGAGAGAGAGAGUAGCUGAGGAAUUUGUUUGGGCUCAAUGGGAUAUGUCAGAGCAGAGAUUAUACUACAUUGACCUAAAGAAAUCAAGGAGUAUUUUAAAAUGCAUCCAGUUUUCUGCUGAUGAGAAGUUUAACUUAAUGUUUGAAGCACCAUUGGAUAUAACAUUAAGUGACUCGGGAUUUAAACUUGUAAACUUUGGAUGUGAUGAUCUUCAAGACCCAGAGAACUUAUCAAAACACCUGACCCUGUGCGUUUUUACCAACCAUACAGGAAGUUUGUGUGUGUGUUACAGCCCGAAGUUUGACUCUUGGGAAAAAAUCACGUAUUCUGUGUUUUACUUUCAUAAAGGGCACAGCAAGACCUUCACUGCUGCUCUUGGGAGUGUUGACUCACAUGUGACAAAGGGCCUUACUUUUCUCAACCUUGACUAUUAUGUGGCUGUUUACUUACCUGGUCAUUUUUUUCAUCUACUUAACAUUCAACAUCCAGACCUAACCUGCCACAGUUUGUUUCUGACAGGAAACAGUGAAGUGGUUGAUAUGCUACCUCAUAGUCCUUUACAGUCACUGUCAGGGUCCCUGGUACUGGAUUGGUGUUCUGGAAAGCUCUAUAGGGCACUCCUCAACCAGUCAUAUUUAUUACAGUUCCUAUGGAACACUCAGCUAGACUGUGAGAAGAUGGCCGUGUUGCACUGUGUGCUCUCCUGUGGCGGAGACCCCCGGUUCUUGGAAGCCAAGAUUAUUCAGUGGAUUUCUGAGAAUCUCUCUGCCUGCCAUUCAUUUGACUUCAUCCAGGAAUUUAUAAUUGCUUCUUCAUAUUGGAGCAUAUGUCCAGAGACCAGUAACAUGGAUAAACUUUUGCCACAUUCCUCAGUGCUCAUUUGGAAUACAGAAAUUCCUGGAAUAACCCUUGCGACAGAAGAGAUCGCGUUGCCUUUUAUGAAGGUGCAUAGUUUUAAGGGCUACUGGGAAAAACUGAACUCCAACCUGGAAUAUGUUAAGUACUCCAAGCCACACUUGCACUAUAACAACAGCAUGGUCAGGAAAGAAUGGCACAACUUGAUCUCAGAAGAGAAAACAGGAAGAAGAAGGUCCAUGGUAUAUGUGAGGAAUAUUCUUGAUAAUGCAACAAAGGUGAUUUCUAACCUAGAAGCAAGGAAUUUUGAGCCAAGAUUAACACCCCUCUUCCAGGAGGAGGACCACAACCAGAGGCUGCUUAUCGGUCUGAUGGUGUCUGAGCUAAAAGACCAUCUUCUGAGACACCUACAGGGUGUAGAAAAGAAGAAAAUUGAACAGAUGGUUCUGGACUACGUUUCAAAACUGCUGGAUCUCAUCUGCCAAAUACUGGAAACCAGUUGGAGGAAACAUAAUCUUCACCCCUGCGUUCUCCGCUUCAGUGGGCGGGCCAGUGCAGCUGAAUUUACAGUGUUUUACAUCAUGACCAGGAUUCUGGAAGCUACCAGGAGUUUGUUUUUACCACUGCCUCCUGGUUUUCACACUCUGCACACGAUCCUGGGCGUCCACUGUCUCCCUUUGCACAACCUGCUGCAUUACAUUGACAGCGGAGUGUUGCUUCUCACCGAAACAGCUGUCACAAGGCUCAUGAAAGAUCUGGACAAUACAGAGAAAAAUGAAAGACUAAAAUUCAGCAUCAUUGUGCGGCUUCCCCCGCUUAUUGGUCAGAAGAUCUGUCGACUUUGGGAUCAUCCUAUGAGUUCUAACAUUAUUUCCCGGAACCACGUGAAGAGACUGCUGCAGAACUAUAAGAAAAAGCCCCCCAGUUCUAUGAUUGACAAGUCAUCAUUCAGUGUGGAUUUUCUGCCUCUGAACUACUUUAUUGAAAUACUGACAGAUAUAGAAUCCUCCAAUCAAGCUCUGUAUGCUUUUGAAGGACAUGACAAUGUGGAUGCAAAAUUUGUAGAGGAAGCAGCUCUGAAACACACCAUGAUGCUUUUAGGUUUAUAAAAGAGAAAAUGCCUCCAAUAUUUUAAUCCAAUAUUAAAUAAAAUACACACCUUCAAUAUUU